CUACAAGCCCACUCCCGCCCUUGCUGUCAUAGUCGUAAGCCAUCUGGCGCGGCUUCCUCGGACUUAAAACAGUUUGAAUGAAAUUCACUCUUACUGCCAAAACCUAACAGCGAAGUCAGCAUCAAGCAUUGGUGAAACUGCGCAUUGUUUAUUGGCGUCCGCUAUUGGUGUGUUUACAAUAUCUAUGUGAGUGUGUAGGGUAAUCACAUUGGCUGCGUUAAGCAGUACAGUGUCAUCGCUUGUGAAAGAUAUUCAAUAUCGGAUUAUAUUUAGCAAAUCGUGCCACUGUUACAGUAUAUAUCUAGAUCAGAUCAUUAGAUGUUUCUAUAAAAAAAGGUCAAAGUGGACCACUAGAUCUACUAGAUAUAUAAAUCUACAUCAUGAGGAUCUAGCUGUAGUUUUAUAUAGAUCAAUAGAGUUCUAGCUGUUCAAACGAGCUAAUGAUGCUGGAAAUAGAAGAGUUUAGAUAUAGGAUUACUAGAUCUCGAUGAAGAUCAAUACAUUUGGAUACAUUGGCGUACAUUUAAACGUGAAUUCCAAAACGGAUUAGAAUGGGGGAAUUGAGUUGACCACAUAGUGUGAAUUAUUUGGACACUGUAACCAACUUCUAGCCAAGGUGAUGUCUUGGCCUUUGAACCCGAUGUUACGACAUGAUCAGCUUUAAGAGAUAGCUGUUUACCACUGACGAUCAUGCAUUGAAGAGACAGACUUUGACUUCCUUAUGCGAAUGGGACCUUCUCAAAUCCGACUUUUCAUCCUCACUGUACUCCUGGUCUCCAUCAUAGCCAACCUGUGCUUGCUGUUCAGGACCCAGGGAGAUGGCACUGUGGUGGUCUCUUUCCGGGACGAAGAAGAGAAGAUCCGCUGGGAGGCCAAGCAGAUGGUGCUCAGGCUAGUGGACAAGUACGACCUUUCGUCCAGGGAAACGGCUAAGGCCUUGGUUUUUGACUCUCUGAUGACUUGCGUUUUUGAUAAGUUUCAAAUUGACUCCUCGAAAAAAACUUCUGGGAACUUUUCACUUUUGGACCAGCUAGAAACAGUCACUUUGCAGAAGUGGACUAAAAAGCUGGAAUCGGAUAUUGCGGUGAAAAAUUCCGUAAUCGAUUUCUUGUCUCAGCCUAUCGUUAAUAACUUCUCGUUCACCUACGUCAACAACCCUAAAAACGUCUGCUCAACGGAUGUACCGGAAGUGCUCCUAGUCGUCCCGUCGGCGCCGGAAAAUUUCGAGAACAGGGUCAAGGUCAGGAGAAGCGGAAGGGGGAUGUACACGAUGAACGUCAACAACAGAGCCAGGCUGCUCUUUUUCGUGGGCAAGCCGGCCAACAACAACCGGACGCUGCAGAGUAAGGUCAACGACGAGGCGUACGUCUACGGCGACAUAGUCCAGAUGGACUUCGUCGACGUGUACCGGAACAUCCUGCUCAAGGCCGUGUCCAUGCUCAAGUGGGCGGCCACGUACUGCCCGAAGGCCACCUACGUCAUCCGCACGGACGAUGACGUGAAGGUGGACGUCCAGCAGCUGCUGAAGGUCCUGAAGCGGAAGAGCGAGCAGUACGAGAACUUCAUCCUGGGCGACAAGAAGGUCAGCUGGGAGGUGGUCAGAAGCAACACCAGCAAGUACUUCGUCUCCCAGCAGGAGUACCUCCCCAGCACUUUGCCCCCGUUCGCCCUAGGCGGCCUCCUGGGCUACCCCAGCAGCACCGUCUCCCUCCUGUACCAGGCAGCACUCAGACUCAAACCCCUGUGGCUGGACGACGUCUUCAUCACGGGGAUGUGCGCCCCAAAAGUGGGCGUGCUUUUACUAGACGAUCCUGAUUUCGUGUUCACGCAUCAUGACUGGUGAUUAUGACCAAAACUAGAUUUGUUCUCCGAAUUCGUUUUCUAGCUGGAGAUAGUUGAGUUCCAAUGUGUGCAUUCAACAUUUGCUUCCCAAGAUUUGGUGAAAGAAAUUAGGCUUAAAAAAAUCCGAAACUGCGAGCAUUGUUGGAAUAGUUUUCAGAGUCCAAAGAAUCCAAAGGAUGACUGCAUCAUUUUACGUGAUUAGAAGACCCUGUUGUGACCUGCAUACUCUGCAACGAAUGAUGCAGACAAAGCCAUGUCCACGGGAUCUAUUUGAAUUCUUGACUCGUCCUUGGCGCCUCUCUUCCGCAAUGCCUUUUCUUAGAGUUUCAAACUUGUGUCUUUAGAUGAUCGGGAUAGUUUGCUGCCAUGUAUUUCCUCUCCCAAUGAAGGCGAAAUGGUGCAUGAGUUGAUCCUUCCUUGGGGCACCUCUGCUAUAUAGGGAAAAAAACAAACAAUGUAAUCAAUCUUACUGACUAAAAGAUAGCGUCGAUAUCUGGCUUGGGGCGAGAGAAUAUCAAGUUCUAUUUCUUAGGUUUUAAAUAAGAUAUGUGGCCGAUCGACAUAAACCGCUUGGCAACAUGAACUUUGAGCUCAAAACCUGACUCUAAAAAGUUUUGUUUGGUUUAGCGCCUAAAGGCAGCACGGCUCCCAGAUUCCACCUCCCCCCCCCCCCCCCACAGGUCCACAAGAGAGUUUGGACCAAGCGCAUUUCGUAAUGCAAACUCAUUAUCUUAUCUUAUCUUAUAUAAUACAGACGUUACUUCAAAAAAGAAGAUGAUUACGUCCUACGCGUCAUGCAUUUAGUCAUGCAUAUUAACCAAUGACUUAAAGGAACUAAAGUGAUAAAUUUGUUGCAGGCAUCCUUGUUUUCCGUGUGUUUCAUUCGCAUCAAAGAAACUGGCAGAGAAAAAAGUGGAUCUGAAAAUUAGUGCUUUACCCAAUGCUACAGUGUUGGCCUACUUCAGUUGUAACGACUACUACGAUUCAUCUCGUUAAAACACUUUUUCAUGUGAGCGUGGAGCCAUAUUUCCGAGAGGACGCUCCCGUCCACAUAUAUAGCAGACUGCUAUAUUAAGACACAGCCCAGACUAUCUCUCCGUUGUGUUUUAAAUUGUUACACUGACUUAUACACAUAAACUUUAACCUUUCAACUAUUGUUAUUUGCUAUUAUGUUACAUUUCUGUUCUGAGAACAUUUGUUUGAAAUCUACAGCUAGAAAAAAAAAAAUAAACGGCUGGUCUUGUGUAAUUAUUAAAAUCGUGCCUAAUGUACUCAUCUUACCAUCUCGUCUGUCACUUGACGUCAUAAGUGUGCUGUGCCGGUUGGCGUAACCAAAUCUCUACAUUCUUCUGUCCUUAGAAUAUCGAGAGAGAGAGACCCGUCCGUCCAUUUUUUCACGUUGUCUAGCCAGUUCUUUUUGGGUUUUUUUUUUGGACGAGCCUUUGUUAGAUUCCCUUUAAUGUAGCUUGAUGGAUGACUUUUGACAGUGAGACAUGUCUUAAAAUAUGACUGAACCAGCUCGUCUCUUCACAGGAGUGAGUUCCUCCUUUUUUGUGAACAAGUGUAUUGCAUCAUAUCAGGAAUAACAUUUUAAAAUACAUUUUUUUUUAAAGACAUCAAUUAAAAUCAAGUUGAAGUUCAGUUAGUCGUAACUGAUUAUUUUUGUUUCAUGUAAUCCUUCGCAUUACUGAGAAAUAUGGCUGCGAUGAAAUGACAUAUAAGUUUGUUAUUAAAAAAAAAUGUUAUACUUUGUUUUAUUUCGACUUCUUAACCAAGAGGUCCUGAGUUUGAAUCCCAGUGGAGACUGCUUUAUAAAUGUCGUCUUUUUUAUAUGUAGGAACUGCUACAGUCUGAUGAAACGCAAUCAGGCAUCUGUGUAUUUCUGCUUGUGAAGAUACUGUAACGUCGACUUUCUUAUUUGUAGAUGGAAAUGUCGAGACGAGUUUCUUCCCUUGCGUCCGUACUCAUUGGAGUCCAAAUUCGAAUGUCACCCCGGCCCCGAAAUGAAUGUUCUAUUUUUUUUUUUAAUUAAAUAUAAAGUAUUACGCCUCUGCCAUGUAAUCUUGCUAUUCACGGUGGAGUCAAAAAUACUAGCAGGCAUUGAUCUAGAUGAUAUUAGUGAUGCCCUUACUGCACAGAAAGCACGACAUGUGGCGAUAUGAAUUGAGAUUUGUCACUUGCGCAUUAUCUCGCCGAUAAACAACGGUAUUGUUCAAUUCUUAGUGAUUUUUUGGGUUGUUGUUAAUUUUACUUAUAUAUCGUGCCAAUUGAAAUUAAGACAUGUAUUUAUGAAGUACAGUAUCGCGUGUCAUGAUAUCAUAUGUCAAAAAGAAGAGGCAAAUAAAAAUGUCUUUUAUAGUUUUUGGCGACAGACAUUUUCCGAAAGUUCCUUAAUGAAAGACACAAAGAUAAAGGCACAUUCCUCGUCCCAUAUGCUAGGACAAAUUUGUACAAAUACUCCUUCUUCCCUAGUGCUAUUAGAGCAUGGAAUGGGUUGCCUGAGCUAGCCAGCAAAACCAGUGACUUGGCAGAAUUUAGGUCAUUGGUUAAUAUGCAUGACUAAAUGCAUGACGCGUAGGACGUAAUCAUCUUCUUUUUUGAAGUAACGUCUGUAUUAUAUAAGAUAAGAUAAGAUGAAAAGAUUGGAUUGAAGUAAUUGAAUCUCGUUUUGGUUACGACUGUGAUUUUUAAUUCCGGGAUCUUCACCCGGCUCUAAUGGGUACCCGACAUUAGUUGUGGAAAAGUCAAGGCGGUUGGUCGUUUUGCUGGCCACAUGACACCCUCGUCAACCGUAGGCCACAGACACAGAUGACCUUUACAUCAUCUGCCCUAUAGAUCACAAGGUCUGAAAGGGGAAUUUUACUUAAAAUAGCUUUACAGUAUUCAUGCGUAGAGAUCGUUUCGUAGCUGACUUUUAUAUAUUCAGGGCUGGAUUUGAGUAAAUGUUAAUGUAGGCCUUGGUCAGGAUUAUUAGUUGAUGCUGUUGAUAUUCUCACACAAGUAGAAAUAGAUAAACGACAAGGCCGAUUUACAAAUACCCAAAUAGGCUUGAAUGCUUUAAACCAGUGAUGCCCAAAAUACUGCCCGCGGGCAAGAUCUGGCCCGCGACGUGGUUCUAUCCAUGAUAAUAAUGUUUAUAAUCCUAAAUAUUUUAUUUGUAAAGAAAGUGCGGUUGUUUAAAAAAAGUAAACCUAUGAACGGCUAUAUAAACAAAUAUGACGACAUUCUUGCUUUGAGCCGCGAAUAAAAGAUUGUUAAACUACGCCUAGAGAUUGUAGGAUCGAUGGGAAUAUUUACCAAAUGGAGACAAGAAAAUGAGAUGGUGGAAAAUAGCUACAAUGAUAAGUGAUAUUCACAUUUGAAGUAGAGACGUGCAUCCAUUUUCCGACGCCUAAAAACAAAGAUCAACUUCAAAUAUCAUGAGAUCCAAUUAAAUUGUUUCAGGUCAAUUUCAUUUCGUUUUUUUUGUACCUUUUCUGUCAUGUGGCCCGCGACACGAGUGUCGGAAACGAAAAUGGCCCACCGGUCGAAUUAGGUUGGGCAUCACUGCUUUAUACAACCAUAUUAGAUAACGAACAGCUAGAGACACUUCCUAAUCCCCUAAGGGAACUAACUCUCGCACAACAUUACAUCAUAUGUAAAUGAAAAUCCACUUUUUAAGAAUAAUACUUAGAGCAUGUCAUAUUUUAGACGAAAAUGACAGACUACUUGUAAAUUUAAUCUCAUUUUUCUUUUUUUUUAAAUAUAUAAAUAUUUAAAUUUAUAUUUUUGUAAAAAAUACGAAAAAAAAUGCAUAUAUAUGUAACCAUGCCGGACUAAGUAGUUUAUUUUACACAGUCCGUCAGGGUUACAUAUAUGCAAUACUCCAAAUGCUGCUAUACAUCCGUUUGCCCCUGCAGCAGUAAAUCUUUGUAUUUUGAGUUUUUGUAAAAAAACAACAACAUAUUUCUUUAGUUUGUGGAGGAUAUGGCUCCGCGACGCUCUACAAUUGGACAUGUCGGGCAUGUUACAAUCGGACACUUCUAAAGCCACGACAGUGUUGUCAACCGACAGAUUUCUAUAAGGUGGGUACAAAUGCGAACAAAUAUGCAAAGAAAUAUAAAAGCUGCUGACCCGUCGAUAUUUUUUUUUUUUUUUUAUAAAUCUCUGAUGUCGGGGGCCCCACUAUUGUGGAGAACCUGGUACAAUAGUCUUGCUGUCUGUCCCCCACCCCAUUCGACCCUGUUCUUACCAGUCACAUAUACAUUUAGAUCUAGUUCACUUUAAGUGACAUUACAUUAUUCAUGUCUAGAGAUCGUUAAGUUCGUGGUUGACGUUUAUGUCAGAACGGGUCCACAGGGGAGAGAAAAAAAAAAGAACAGCUAGUUAGGUCGCUCUGUCUCCCCUGUUUACGUAAUAAGCUCUUUCAAGUUCGGAAGUGGCGUAGCAGCCAUGGCGCUUGGGGACUCAUUGCGCCCUGGCCCAUGACCGUUAGUGGCCCACAGUAGCUCUUGAAAACAAAAUGCAUGUAGGAAUAUAGAUGUAUGGAAUUUAUAUCAUGCACUUCUUGAUAAUGUUUCGUAACUGAACUGAGAGUAAUGACUCCCAUUUUUUGUAGAUUUACUGUUUCAUACAGGAAGACUGGCUUUAGUAUUUGUUUCGCUUAACUAGGGCCCACGGGUUCCUUGCUACACCAUUGGGUGUUACCAAAUGUCUGGCAGAGUAGUAAGUUAAUCGAUCUAUUGGUGUAACGCAGUGUUAUACUUACACUCCCUUUAUCUACUUCUACAGUUUUGUCAAAAUUCCUUUAUCUAUUCCUACAGUUUUGUCAAAAUUCCUUUAUCUAUUCCUACAGUUUUGUCAAAAUUCCUUUAUCUAUUCCUACAGUUUUGUCGAAAUUCCUUUAUCUAUUCCUACAGUUUUUGUCAAAAUUCCUUUAUCUAUUCCUACAGUUUUGUCAAAAUUCCUUUAUCUAUUCCUACAGUUUUUGUCAAAAUUCCUUUAUCUAUUCCUACAGUUUUUGUCAAAAUUCCUUUAUCUAUUCCUACAGUUUUGUCAAAAUUAUUAAGGAGCGUUGCCCUUUAUGUAGACAAUUAUUCAUUAUGGAAUAAACAACCUUUUUAAAUUCUGAAUACGGUGGUCUUGGUUGAAGUCAGGGUAAAAGUCAUUUUAAGAGUUUUUAUGUGAAAAAAUUCGAAUUGACAAGAUUUGUAAACUUAUUUAUAUAAAGACUUCCGCUUUCAUUUUGUCUGUCGUCGAUAUUUAUGUUGGUAAUUAUGUAAAUCUAGUUACUUAUUAUCUUUAGUAAAUAUCGCGUUGCAGUGAAGAAAUCCAAUAGAUUUAACUUUAUUAUUAAAUGAUAUGCUUUCUACAUUGCGACACUUUUGUCUCCCUUGGGUUAUCAGUGUUGGUUUGCAUGGAAGAUACAUAAAAUUGGUGGCAAACUCUGAAUAAAAUGUUGUAAUCUUCACUUGAUAUAUUAGCAAGAUUAUACAUGUAUGAACAAUAAAGGCAAGUGAUCCUUAACAUC